AUGACGACAAUUUCACCUUCUUAUGAACCAGUGCUACAGCAACCACACAAUAAUGAUGAUUCAUCUCCACCACCAUCUUAUGCAUCACAUAUACUACAUGAUAUUGGAUCGCUGGCUCCCAUUCGAUAUAUUGGAUCAUUAAUUGAAGAAGCCAAUAGAGAAGGCGGUAGUGCCAAUGAUGACCAUGAUGGUAUUCUUGAUAUGGUUGAACAAGUGGAACAUUUUAAAUAUAAACAAGAUUUAGAACGUAAAUUAACUGUUACAUCAGUCAUUGGAUUAGGAUUUUCAUUAAUGGGAGUUCCAUUUGGAUUAUCAUCAACAUUAUGGAUAUCAUUAAUGGAUGGAGCUAAUGUAACUAUAUUAUAUGGAUGGUUAGUAGUUGGAGGAUUCUCACUUUGUGUGAUAUUAAGUUUAUCAGAAAUUAUAUCAAAAUAUCCAACUGCUGGUGGAGUUUAUCAUUUUAGUUCAGUUUUAAGUGAUGAAAAAUAUAGUAAUAUUCUGUCAUGGUUUACUGGAUGGUUUUUAUUAAUUGGGAAUUGGACUUAUGCUAUUAGUAUAAUGUUUUCUGGAUCACAAUUUAUAUUAUCUAUAUUUGGAAUGAAAAAUGUUUAUAUUUAUAAAGAAGAUCGAUUUUUAGUAUUAUCAGUUUAUUUUAUUUUAUUAGGGGUAUGUGGAUUUAUUAAUUUUAAAUUUUCUAAACAUUUAGAAAAAAUUAAUAAAGCUUGUAUAUUAUGGACAAUUUAUACUGUUUUAGCAAUUGAUUUUUUAUUAAUUUUUUCAUCAACUAGAACUAAUUCACUUAAAGAUAUUUUAACAAAAUUUGAUAAUUCAAGAAGUGGUUGGCCUGAUCCAUUAGCAUUUAUAAUUGGGUUACAAAGUUCUUCAUUUACUUUAACUGGUUAUGGAAUGUUAUUUUCUAUAACUGAUGAAGUUAAAACUCCAGAGAAAAAUAUGCCUCGUGGUGCUAUAAGUGCUGUAUUUAUGGCAAUUAUAACAGGUAUAAUUUUCAUUAUCCCCAUAUUAACCAUAUUACCAGAAUUAGAAAUAUUAUUAGAUGAAAAUCCUAAUAUUAUGCCAAUUGAUUUAAUUUUUAAAUUAUCUACUGAACUGUAUUUAAUAUCAUUUUUAAUGGCUUGUUUAAUGAUUGGUACUGUUAUUUUCCAAAGUAUUGGGUCUUUAACUACCGCAUCAAGAAGUACUUAUGCAUUAGCUCGUGAUGGAGGAUUACCUUAUGCUGAUUUAUGGACUCAAGUGAAUUCUAUUGAAGAUUAUAAAUUACCGAAAAAUGCUUUAUUUUUAUCAAUGGUUAUAUGUGCAAUAUUAUCAUCAUUAUCAUUAAUUUCUCAAUCAGCUUUUAAUGCAUUUAUGGGAGCUGCAGUUAUAUCAUUAGCAUUAGCUAAUGGAGUACCAAUAUUAUGUUUAAUGAUAAACAAACGGAAAAAAGUUCGAGGAGCAACAUUUAAAUUAGGGAAAAUUGGUUGGAUUAUAAAUGGAUUAUCAAUUUUUUGGAUAUUAUUAUCAGUAUUUAUUUUAUGUAUGCCUCCAGUGAUUAAACAUUUAACUUGGUCAAAUAUGAAUUAUGCAAUUUUGGUGAUUAUUUUAUUUGCUAUAAUAGCUACUUUUGGUUAUAAAACUUGGGGUAAGAAAAGUUUUACUGGUCCAGUUAUUGAUAAUGAUUAUUUUGAGUUGAAUAAUUUAGAAACUAACGUUAGUAGUAGUAGUAGCCGUCAGGCUGCAGCUGAUGCUAAUGUUGACGUAGAUGAAAAUGAUUUUGUUAUUAUUGGCAACGAUGAGGAAGAAGAUCCAGAUACUUCUAGCAGUAGUAGUCAUACUAAAAACAAGAACUGGGAUCAAGAAGAAGAAGAAAUUAGUAUUGAGAAUAAAUUACCACCAAUUAAGAAUAAAAAACGAAUUAAUGAUUAUCAACCAUUAGAAGAAAAUGGUUCAAAUGAGAGUAGGACUAGUAAUGAAGGAGAAGUGAUUUUUGAUAUUGAUAAGAAUUGA